CUUCCCUUGCUGAUUGAAAUGAAGUUUUUAAAUCAAUAUCUCCUUACACGACGUUGUCAUUGCUUGGGACACGAAAAAGACUGUUUAAGGUUCAACCUUUAUUUGAAGUUAUUCAUUGUUAUGGGCAUUAACUGGUCAAUGGAGAUCAUAUCCUGGCUGUACGCAGAUAACGUGCUCAAGUACCUAUGGUAUGUUACUGAUCUGACUAACACCUUACAAGGUGUCAUAAUCUUUUUGAUCUUUGUCUGGAAAGACAAGAUUAAGCGACUGCUACUUAGACGCUUCAGAUGUAAAAGCAAGAAGUGGAUUACCCGGAACUCAAUUGCUCGUACUGGCUGCCUAUCUAAUAGCAGUAUGGCUUCACGCGCUACCUGCAUGACUAUAAAUAUUCCACUUCAGGAAAAACAUAGCAACUACGUGCCAGAUAUUAAUAACUGCCAUGGGAAGACCAACAUCGUAUGCAGGGAAAGUGACUGCAUCUAAGUUUUCUUUUGUUUUUCCAUUCUCUUUUUUUUUCUCCUAAUACCCAAGCGCAUUAUGAGCAUUCUAAGUAAAAAAGCUUCAAUAGUGGAUGAAAUAAAAAUUAGAUUGAAGCAAAAAUGCAUGUAUAAUUUAACAAAAUUGGUUAAUUAAUCUGUAACA